UUGGAUCUGGCACUGACAGCACACAGCUGUGUUUUAGUGCAUGUGCCCUCCCGUGUUGUGGCAUCUGGAGUAAUCUAAAUAUCAUUUUGCUGCUGCCGUUUCUAAAUGAACUAGAAAAAAAAUGAUCAAAUCGAGUGCUGUGAUUUUUCCCGGGUUGUGAUACAAAAACGAAUUUUAUAUUUUUUUCCCUGAAGCAUGUAGAAGGGUACAGUGAAGCGUUGACCUCCCGAUAAUGCCUUGGCAGAGAAACGAUGUAACAAUUUUCUGAAAUCCACACGCGAAGGACUACAAAAAAAAAUGACCGGCAACGGAACCGUGACCACCCCGAACGGCGAGACGACCCACGGAGCGUCCACGUCGAGCUCGGCGAGCCAGGGGGGCCACUGCAAGGGUCACCGGAGGCAGGAGUCCAUGUACGCGAUGACGGGCUUGUACUCGGAAACGAUCCCAGAGCAGGCGGAACCGACGGAAACGAAAUGCUCGACGACGUUCUGCCAUGACACCGUCAUCAAGUGCCACAGCCGAAAUCCCUCUGCUAGCUUCGACAGGGAUAAGGCUGCCCACACCGCUACAUAUACUGAACCACCUGUGAUACUAAGGGAUUCAAAGGAGUGUGGCAUACUUCGGUGCCGACCGUCUUGUCUCCAGAAGUGUGCUGGGAUUAAGUUUUUUGUUCUACUCUUGUCAUUCCUUGUUACCUUGCAACAAGCCCUAAGUUCUGGAUAUAUCAAUUCUGUGAUAACAACAAUUGAAAAACGUUUUGAAAUACCAUCAAGCCUCUCGGGCCUAGUGGCGUCAUCUUAUGAAAUCGGAAAUGUGAUAACUGUUAUAUUUGUAAGUUAUCUCGGAAGUAGAAGACACAUCCCCGUGUGGAUAGGGGUGGGGGCAGUCAUAAUGGGGGUCGGAUCCCUGAUCUUCAUGGUGCCCCACUUCAUAGCCGAGGAGAACAACGGAAUAACCGUCGCCAAUACGACGGAUGAGAACAUGUGUCGCGUAGUGUCGGUACACGAACAAGACAUGGGUCUGGGGAGGCUAUCUUCCGGAUUGUCUUCGCCGCCCCUCGCCCCCAACAACCUGAGGGGGGAUAAUUGUAUUCAGGGUACGCCCUCCACCACUGGACCCGUAUUGCUUUUUGUUCUUGCACAAUUAUUAUUAGGAUGUGGCGGAUCUCCUUUGUUUACUUUAGGCACUACGUACAUUGACGAUCACGUCAGACCGGAAAGUUCAUCUAUUUACAUAGGUUGUAUGUACAGCAUGGCAGCUUUUGGGCCGGUACUGGGAUUCUUACUAGGUGCCUAUCUCUUAUCAUUCCACAUGGAUUCUUUCACACAAAUCAUAUCAAUCGAUGCGGGCGACAGCAGAUGGGUGGGGAUGUGGUGGGGAGGUUUUCUUCUAGGCGGACUGCUACUUAUAACGGUAUCGAUGCCGUUUUUUUCUUUCCCUAAGGUGCUUACGCACGAAAAGGAGAAGAUCAGGCUCAUGGAAAAAGCGGCUGCCGCUAACGGCGCUGGCACUAGCAACGCAAACAACACCGCAACCGCAACCAAGAUCGUUAGUACCAGCUCGACGAAGAACGACACCGGAUAUGGAAAAGACGUGAAAGAUAUCCCCAUGUCCAUGUGGAGGUUAGCUAGCAAUCCCGUGUAUAUUGUUACGUGUCUAGGAGCUUGUAUGGAGCUUAUCAUUGUGUCUGGUUUCGUCGUAUUUUUACCGAAGUAUCUAGAAACUCAGUUCAGUUUGGGAAAGAGCCAAGCCAGUGUAUUUACAGGGUCUAUCGCGAUUCCUGGCGCGUGCAUAGGCAUCUUCAUGGGCGGCGUGAUCCUGAAAAAGAUGGAGCUACGUCCGAAGGGAGCGGUGCAGUUCGUCCUAAUAUCAAAUGCGAUUUGUCUGCUGUGUUACGGGCUGUUAUUUUUCCUGGGCUGCGACAAUCUGAAGAUGGCGGGCACCACGAUACCCUACUUCAACAGCACGCAGCCGUUCCAAGUCAAUUUAACAUCCUCCUGUAAUUUCGGUUGCGAGUGUAGCAUGAACGACGUGGAGCCUGUUUGCGGGAACAACGGAUUGACGUAUUUCAGCCCGUGCCAUGCCGGCUGCACCUCGAUCCUCAGCUCUAAUUACACCAACUGUGCCUGUAUACAUGGAAAUAUGUCACUGAAAGACGGGACGAGCACGUUGAACUACGCCGCCCAAGUGGAAAGCGAGUACGCCGAGGUUACCGUUGUACCUGUAGCGACGGCCGGGCCUUGCAACUCGUCUUGUCAUACGAUAUAUCCAUUUUUGAUACUGUUAUUCUUUAUGACGUUUAUAGUGGCCGUCACGCAGAUGCCUCUCCUUAUGAUAGUAUUAAGGUCAGUAAGCGAGGAAGAAAGAUCGUUUGCCCUCGGCAUGCAAUUUGUGAUAUUUAGACUGUUCGGUUAUAUCCCAGCCCCGAUUCUGUUUGGCAACUUAAUAGACUCGACGUGCCUGCUUUGGAAAAGUACCUGCGGAUCCAAAGGAGGGCGGUGUCUCUUAUACGAUAUAGAACAAUUUAGAUAUCGCUACGUCGGGCUAUGCGCGGGAAUAAAAAUUCUCGCACUAGGUAUAUUUAUGGUGGAUUGGUGGCUGGUUCGACGACGUAAACAACUGGACGAGGACAAGGUCAUAACGGCGAAUGAAAUCGUUGGAUCGAUAAUCAGUUUAGACAGACUAUUCGAAGAAAAACCACACCACGAGGGUGUCGGACACAAGAGGAACCCGAGCUCUGUUAGUGCCUACGAAUGCCCCGGGUCACCUAAAGCACCCACCGGGGGCCAAGAGAACGACCCGCAGAAAGACCACGCUUCCGAUGUGUCUGACGAGUUCACGCCUUCGGAGGUCAUGGGGCAGACAGGGCCGCAGUUUGACAACGCGAACCUGAAAAGGCGCCACAUGUAGACUUAAUAGCGUCACUUAAAUCUGUUAUUCCUGCCUUAAGAAUCGUUCAAAACACAAACAUUUUAUUUAUCUCGCACUGAAGGAGUGAUCGAAUACUUAGUUAGUUUUUU